AUGUUUCUACAUUAUUACCUCAACGAGCAAGGGGACCAGGUCUACACCCUAAAGAAAACAGACCCUGCAGAACAACAGACUUGUUCAGCUCACCCAGCCAGAUUCUCCCCAGAUGACAAGUACUCAAGACACCAUAUCACUAUCAAGAAGAGACUCAAGGUUCUCAUGACCCAACAAGCAAGAUUGGUCCUCUGA